AUGGUGACAGAUCAGACCAUUAAUAGCCCUCCCAAUACCGCAUCUGCUGAGAGCAGUGCAAGUAAUAUCUCAGAAACACCUACUAGUCAAAAUCUCGGAGAACGCGAAACAAACCCGAGAAAAGAAAGUUUGGAGAAAACACUUGCAACAAAAGCAGACUCCGAAGCAAGCCUAGAAAGCUUAGAGAAACUAGUUGUGAAUAAGUCAAAAUCUUCUACGGCCGACGGCAAUUUCGAAAGUGAGGAGAAAGCAAACUCGGACUACGAUACAAUAAGAAAAAGUAAGGAGAAAACUGAGUUGAAAAAUACAAAACAUACUGCCACCGCCGAUAUUCUUGAAAGUAAGGAGAAUACACUUGUAAUAAACACAGACACGGAGACAAGCGGAAAAAGUAAGGAGAACACUGAAGUGAUCGAAUGCAAUCAAAACUGUGAAAGUAAGGAGAAAACUGACUACCCAAAAUCUGAAGAAAAAGAGAAAAAGCUCGGAGAAUUUAGACUACGGAGCUUACAGUGA